UCUCAGCAAUGGCUACAAGUGUCCCGACUAUGCCUGGACAAAACUCACUGCAGCGGCUGAAUGUGGUCCCGUAAAGACCGACCGAGAGAGACCUUCUGCUUUUCCUGGCCACCCUUGUGUGAAUAGAACCCACAUUUUCAAGGCGUUGGAUUGUAAAGGAAUAACCGCUUCUGACCCAAACCCAUUCAGGUUGUUAUCUUUGAAGUGGAUGACAGAUCACAGAAAAAACAUAAAGGUCUACAUCCUCCGCUGGAGAGCUAUGGCUCCUGAGUUGAGCGGUCUCAGCACCAGUGCCUCUUAACGCCCAAGCAGAUCUCAGUAAACACUGUGGUUUGAGCUGUAAGCUGCUGCAGCAGGGAUGAUAACAUCCCAUAUGAACGGUUAUGUGCAAGAGGCCUCUGGUCAGGCCAAGAUCCACAGGGAAAGGGCCGUGGACUGUCCAGGGGAGGAAAAUAGCCUUGUCAAAUCUCCACACAGCAGUGCCCACAUGGAGAGGAUCCAGCACUACCAGGAGGAACUGAAGAAGAGGAGAGAGGAAGACAGCAGGGGGAAGCAUGACAUCGACCCCAACGCUUCACUGAGGCUCAAGAAGCUGUCGCAGAACCCCAAGGUGGGGAUUGACAAUCCCACCUUUGAGGGAAAGGAGAAGGCCAUUAAAGACACAUGUUCACAGGAUCCUGUAGCUGAACUGGAGGAGUUGCUGCAGGCUCUUAAGAGUAUGCAGCAUUGCCUGACUGAUGCACAGAGCCAGCAGGAUGUGGAGCUGAUAAUGCAGCUCCUUGCCAAGGAGGACUUCAGGAAUGCCUACACAAUCUACAGUGCUGUUUCCCAGCAGAUGAGCAGAGUUGGCCCCACCUCACCCCUCACAGCACAAGCACAGGAUCUCUGCCAGGAGGUACAGAAGAUUCUCCAGUCCAGCCAUCAGAAGGAGGGUUUGGAGCUCAGGGCUCUGCUCACAAAUCCUCAUCUCCAGGCACUGAUGCAGGCUCAUGACAGUGUGGCGGGGCAGGACAUGGCAGAGGAAAAUGUAACCCAAUACCUUGGAGAGACAGUUAAACUGGUGCGGCUGGAGAAGGCCCGUGACACUCCACUGGGUGCGACGGUACGUAACGACAUGGACAGCGUGGUGGUGAGUCGUGUGGUCAAAGGCGGAGCAGCAGAGCGGAGCGGCCUCCUCAGUGAGGGUGACGAGAUCCUGGAGAUCAACGGGAUUUCUUUACGUGGGAAACACGUCAAUGAAGUCCACGACUUACUGCAACAAAUGCAUGGCACUCUGACCUUCCUCCUCAUCCCGAGCUCUCAGAUUAAACCUGCCCCACACAGACAGACUGUGAUGCACGUACGAGCUUACUUUGACUACGACCCCUCUGAUGACCCCUUUGUGCCGUGUCGGGAGCUGGGCCUGUCCUUCCAGAAGGGAGACAUCCUCCAUGUUAUCAGCCAGGACGACCCCAACUGGUGGCAGGCCUACAGGGACGGAGACGAGGACAACCAGCCCCUGGCUGGACUCAUUCCAGGGAAAAGCUUCCAGCAACAGAGAGAGUCCUUGAAGAAAACUAUAACAGACAGGAGUCGAGAGCAACAAGGGAAACUUUGGUAUGCAAAGAAAGGCAAGAAACAGAGGAAGAAGAGCACAUCGAACUUGACCAAAAACACUGAUUAUGAUGACAUCCUGACCUAUGAGGAGAUGUCCCUUUACCACCAGCCUGCCAAUCGUAAACGCCCCAUAGCUCUGAUUGGUCCUACAAACAGCGGUCACGACGAGCUGCGUCGGAGGCUUCUCUCCAUUGAACCAGAAAAGUUUGCUGUUGCGGUGCCACACACGACCAGAAACUCAAGGAUACAUGAACGAAAUGGGCGUGAGUACCAUUUUGUGAGCCGGUCUUCCUUUGAAACUGACUUGGCAGCAGGGAAGUUCAUAGAGUCAGGGGAAUAUGAGAAAAACCUGUAUGGGACCAGCACCGACUCAGUCCGACACAUCAUCAACUCUGGACGCAUCUGUUUGCUCUGCCUGCACACGAGGUCACUGCGAGUGUUGAGGUCCUCCAACCUCAAGCCCUAUGUCAUCUUCAUCGCUCCUCCUUCUCAGGAACGACUACGCACCCUGCUGGCCACAGAGGGGAAAACACCAAAGCCAGAGGAGCUGAAGGAGGUCAUUGAAAAGGCCCGUGAGAUGGAACACAAUUUCGGUCACUUCUUCGACGCAACCAUCGUGAACAUGGAUCCAGACCAGGCUUUCCACGAGCUGCGCAGGGUGAUAGACAAGCUGGACACUGAGCCACAGUGGGUGCCCACCUCCUGGCUGUGCUAGAGGUCACAGGGUCUCACCGCAACAAGUCUCAGGGUAGAAGAAGGUAAACAGAUUUCUGUUCCUGGAGUUUAAAAGAAUGAAGGACAGACACUGGUAAAUUGUCGCUGGAUUUUCACUUGCGCAUUUUCCUCGUUUGUAGAGGAGGUGGUUGUUACCACAUGAUGCAGGGACGGACUCUUUUUGUUUGUUUGUGUGUCUUUGUGGGUGAUUUCUUUUUUGUUUUGUUUUGUUUUUAUUAAGUUUUCUUGAUCUCACAGUUUUAUGCAAAGUCAUUUAUCAAACAAAUAGAAAUAUUUCUAUCUUAUUUGUAAUAGUUAUUUAUAAUUGUAAAUAUAUAUUUUCUAGACAAAAUAUUUUAUUGUUGCAUUUUGUGUGUGUGACAUCGAAAACAGUACACUCCACUGGAAGAGUGUUGAUGUCACGAUUCUGAAAUGGCUUCCUGAUCAUGCAGUAAGCCAAGAUCCGUUAAGGUACCAAACAGAGGAGAAGCUCUUGUGCUAAAGGUCUUCCACACAGAAACACAAAGGCACAGUCUGCUGUCAACUGCACAGUUUUGAGCUACUUUCUCUACACCAAUCUCAGUAUUAGUUUGUGUUGUCUCAUGUUUCAUUUACCCUGUGAUAACAGACCGUAAAUAUAAGGUUUUAUCUCUAGCUGGUAUCAUUACUAUCAGUAUAUCAUGCUGAAAAGAACUGCUGACAUAGGUUUUUUUUUUUUAACCAGUAUUGUAUGAACAAAACAUCCUAUCACUUAGUGAACAGUAACUUCAGCAAAUACUGUAUUGCUUCUUUGCAGGGUACUUAUUAAGUUAUAAGCACAAUUCUGGAAAAGUGUUAAUAAAAUCUGAUACUUA